AUGCCUCGCCAGGUCUCUAGCACGAGCGCAAUGUGCCUCUACCUCAUCGGAUUCUUCAUCCCGCCUCUCGCAGUCGCGAUGACAGCAGGAUGCGGACUCGCGGAUGUCCUCAUCAACAUCUGCUUGUGGGUCCUGGGUUGGAUCCCGGGCGUUAUCCACGCCUGGUGGCUCAUCUCGAAGAGCGAGAGGAUGCAGACGCGUACGGCGGUGCCGGCGGGCCAGGCGUACCCUGCCAGGGCUUACUAG